AUGGUGAGAUACCCGUGUGCUGCCUUGCAGAGAUGCUGGAGAAAACUUGCAUCUUCGAAAGAGCAAAAUAACUCCAACAUGUUCGCUACCUCAUUUCCCUGGCGUCAACGUCAACUACAAUUCCAGCACCGUGCGUCAAACGCUGCCGCAUCUGCAACAGUACCCAGUGAGCGGAUCCAAUCAACAAAGUUCAGUGCUGACGACUUCCAAAUCUGGUACGAGGAAGACAGUGAACAGCUCAGCCCCAUUGAUAAUCUAACGUAUAUGCCCACAAACAACCACAGUCAUGGAGAGUGCCCUGCCACGAUUGUCACGAACGCCGAAGAGUCAACUGAAACCGUUGGUCCCCGAGUAGCGGACCUAAUCGAGGUUUAUGAGCGGAUUCCCCAGCCAAAGGUGGAAAAUAUCAAACAACCGACACGACCAGGGCUUAAGGACAGCUCCCAAUCAGUGGAUCAGUCUCUACCGAACUCCAAAUUCAAGCUCCCUCCAAAGGAAGAUUUGAUAGCGGACGGCUUAGGAGACCUGGUGCUGAAAUUACGGGAUGCUGAAAGCAAAUUUGAACGAAGACAACGCUAUCAAUCAAUGUUCAAAGAUGCGCCCUUAUAUCAAGUAUACACUGAACGAUCCAUCCAACGGGACCAUGCGGCAAGAAAGCCAUUUGUUCGAGUGAGUUCAGGAAACGGGGCAUGUGGAACAAACAGUCUUGAGUUUGUCGAUACUAUUUUCACACAUAUCGACGACGAUGAAACAGAUGCGACAACUGAUAUUUUGCCGACAUGCGUUACCACGGCAUUGGAAGCCUGGAAACGUCAAGAAUUGGAACGUUUAUCCACCCAAUCGGAGCACAUUGAGAAAUCAAGAGGAAAAAGUCCACCUCCCGUGGUAACAGAUUCCAGAUCACGUACGAGUAAUUCGAGAUCGUACUCUUCCUUACCAACAUCACCUUUGCGUGGAAAAUCGCCAGUGCGAAGUCUCAGUGAUGCUGCUGAAAUGCAAGCUUUUGUCGCGUCUGUAGCCGGAACUGGUCCGAAUCGUGCAAUGUGGUGUAAAAUGCCACAGGUUGUAUCCGCAGGUUUGGUGGAUGGAUUGACAAAAAUACAAAGGAAAUUACAAGAGGCAUUGUUUGAAAUAUUGACGUCUGAAGCCUCCUACUUCCGCAGUCUAAACGUCCUCAUUGAGGUCUUCUACAAGUCCCCUUACAUGCAAGCUGGGAAGCCUGGCGCUGUCGUCUCGCCUGUCGAGAAGCACCACCUAUUUUCAAACGUUUUAGAAAUCCACAUGACAAGCGAAAAUUUUCUUCGUGCGAUGGAAGCCUGCUUCCGGGAGGACCCCUGGUUGAUGCAAUUGUGUGAAAUAGUUUACGACCACACGGAGACGAAGUUUGAUUGCUACAUAACCUACGUACAGAAUCAGAUGUACCAAACACGGGCACUAUGUAAAUUACGAGGUAACCCAGUCUUCUUGGAAGCAAUGCGCCAAGUACAAAGCCAACCCGACUGCGCGUUCCUCGAUUUGAACUCCUUUCUUCUCUUGCCCAUGCAACGAGUCACUCGACUCCGCCUCCUAACCUCCACUGUGCUGCGUUAUGCACCGAAGAACACCACAGUGUACAGAGGAGGUCUAGUAGCGUUGGCUGCUUUGGAACGAUUCAUCUCCGAAUGCGACGCAAAGAAGUCCUACAUGGAACAAAAGGAAAGGCUGAUUCAGCUGACUCAGUUGUUUGAAUACAAUAGUACGACAAAAACAGUUGCCACAGAAAGCAGACGCUUAAUCAAGGAAGGAGAACUUCGUCUUGUCACAGUCAGCCGUCAUUCGGGUAGUGCAUUUCAGCGCAAACUAUCUGGAAUUUUGAGGCAAAAGGUAGUCAAUGCCUCCCUUUUCUUGUUCAGUGAUCUUCUCGUGAUUGCCAAAAAGAGGAGCAAUGAUCGUUUGAUGAUCGAUGAAAGCUGUGCUCUCUCCGACGUCACCAUCAAAGUAGACGAGACCCCAGAAGGAGCCACUAUUAUUCGACAUUAUCGUCCGGCAUCUGAGUCAUCAGUGGACGCGUCAUACGGAUCACAACGAAUUUCAGCGUUACACGAUGAAAACAAUACAUCCAGUCCGAUGGAUACAAGCAAGAAUGGAGGCUUUUUCUUGUUCCCGUUUAGGCUAUGUAUCCGGGACGGUACCAAUCCACCAUCAGAAUACCGACUUCAGGCAAAAAGCUUGUCUGAGCGUGAACGGUGGAUUGAUGCAAUAUCACCUGCAGAGUAUGGAGCGUCUCAAGAAUUGCUGAUAAGAGAUUGCCCGCAAGUGUUGGCAACAAAAUCCUACUCCGCUUUGGAGGGAGAUGAAUUGGAACUGAAAGAAGGCGACUGUGCCAGCCUGCUGAUCAGUCUAAGCGACGGUUGGUGCAAGGGAAUGCUACCGGACGGAUCGAAGGGUUGGUUUCCAUCCAGUGUGUGUGUCCAAGUGGAAGAUGCAACUAUGAAACGAGAGAACAUGAAAAACUUCCUAAUCAUCGAAGAGGCACGCAAUGCAUAUGCACGACGAAAGGCUCGUGAGCAAUUUUCGCAAUUUCCCAGAGUCAAAAAUACCCAUUUUGCUCAUUUUUCCUGAGUGGCAUUCAACCUAAAAGAGUUCACUAAACCUAUGACUUUUAUAUUCGUACUCAGAGAAGUAAUAUUAAGUUCAUUCGCCAUGUGCCUUAUUGUGCCGGUGCCUUCCUUGAGAUUAUCUACCGCAAAGCUUCACCGUCGCCAGCAGGCGAUCGGUAUAUACACUUUGAAUGGAUUUUGUGUGAAAUGAUGCUCGGAUUCACUUAUAAUCAGAAGCCAGCCGCACAGAUACCGACCUUUGUUCGGGCAAUCAUUUUCUUUGAUUAAAUAUUCUUACUUAUUCUCAUUUCGUGUUCAUACUGACCGGUACAAACGAUGUCAGUAGGUCGAUGAACUUGCUGGCAAUAUUAAUCACUGUACCAUAGAAAAAUGAUUAUGUAUUGAUGGACAGAAUUCACAUGUUUGUCGCUGA